AUGGCUGUUCAGGAGGGCCUCGUGGCCGAUGACGAGGACGACGAUUGUGAGACCGCGCUCGAGGAUGCUAUAACAGGGUUAGAUCUAUUGCUUAGGUCUCUAGCUCGCGAUAAGGGGCCCCGUUCCCCACCUGUUGCUAAGUCGACCCCAGACAACCCUCCACCCCUCGACUUGAGCGAGGCUGAUUCUAUCGAUGCAAUGCCCCUCAAGCCUACUGUUGGGUCAGCUCCACACAACAACACAGUGACCCCCACUCCUAAGGAUGUGGCACGCAACAUCCGCCUGAAGCAAGCAACGCUCAGUUUCGGGAAGUCUUCUGCAACCACUGAUGGCGACAACAACCGGGCUGGGCCGUCUAACCUGGAAAAGCCGCGGUGGAAACUCAACCUCGCUCAGCUCAUUGACGAUGUGUAUGAGGAUGCGUACGAGAAGUGGCUUGCGACGUGGUCGAGUCGGUUUCCUUGGCUGGUUCUAACUAAAACCGUGGCCGGUUUGCCUGCCUUUAAAUGUAGUGUUUGUGCAGCCCACGCUGGUGAUGCAGGCAAGUGCGGGAGGCGCGGCAAGGGGGCCACGGACGUUCAGACUCAAGCCUUUCGAAAGCACGCAGGAACUCAAAAGCACAAGCUGGCGAUGGCGAAAUACACCUCGCUUGUGGACGGCGGCAGCAGGCAACCACGCAUCGAUCAACACAGGGCGGCAUGCGACGAGGAUAAGCUGCGCGUCGUCGCCCUGCUGGACUCCUUGCUGUUCGUCAGCAAGUGUGACGCGCCCAUGGGACUGUGGGUGAAAUUGGUGCGCUACCUGGCAGAGAAGGGUGUGAAGGGCUUCCCCAAGAAGGGUUACGGGACGUACUACACCACCGGCCUGGCAGCAGUAUCAUACGGCCUGGCGUCAAUGGCCAUGGUGUUUCUCAACAAGGGCGUGCUCACCUAUUACAAGUUCAGCAUGACGCUGCUAGCGCUGCAGAUGAUAGCAACAACAGCUCUUAUUUACGUUUGCGGGAAGCUCGAGUGGAUCACAAUGCGGCCAUUCUCCCUCUCCACCGCGCGCCGCCUGCUGCCACUCUCCUUCUUCUACAACGCCAACGUCGCCUUCGCCCUGGCGAGUCUGCAGGGUGUCAACAUCCCCAUGUACAUUGCUCUCAAGCGGUUGACGCCCAUGGCUGUGCUCAUAACGGGCUUCUUCACUGGCAAGGCCAAGCAGCCCCUGCAGGUGACUCUCUCCGUAUCUCUCACAACCUUUGGCUGCCUGAUCGCAGCGCUGGGCGAUUUCUCCUUGGACCCCUACGCGUACGCGCUCGCCCUCACCUCAGUGCUCUGCCAGACCUUCUACCUCCUCCUCGUGGAGCGCUCCGGGGCAGAGCAGGGCAUCUCGUCCUUUGAACUCAUGUUCUACAACUCGCUGCUCUCCCUGCCGUUCCUGGGAGCCAUUCUGCUCUGCACCAACGAGCUGCCUACCUCCGUGCCACUGCUCUUCACCAUGUGUGCCGACUCCAGUACAUUCACAGUGGCGGUAACCGCAUCGCUGGUGAUGGCGCUGGUUCUAAACUACACCAUGUUCCUCUGCACCAUUGUCAACUCUGCUCUCACCACCACCAUCGUUGGCGUGCUCAAGGGCGUGUUCACAACGGUACGUACUUUGCAUGUUGAGAUUGUAUCUUUUCCCAGCCCAUGCCAUCCAACAGUUUCCCCUCACUCACAUGGACCCUGA